GAUGGAUUGGGAUGAGAGCUGUAAGAGCCCCCAAUAAAAUGAUUUUUAAACAGGGAGAGGGGCUUAGCUGCCAGCCUCUAUCACCCUCUCAGUUACACAAAAUAGAUGCCAGUGUGUGCCCCGAGAGCCGGCAGCGUGUGGCCUCGGGGAGUGGGCACACACCUUUGGCUAGCCUGUGUUCUGCAGACAAGCUCAGUGGGAAGCUGGCUCUAUCAGGAGGUUGUAUGGUGUGCUCUAGGAGUCAGAGCAGAAGAAAUUGAUUAUCCAAAACAAAACAAGGAAUGUUGAUGGCGUCAGCCUGCGAGAAAACAAGCAUCUUCACUCUGGGCAGAAUCGCUAUGAGGUCAGGCAGGACCGGCCCUAGGAAUGCUACAGAGUUUUGCUUUCUGAGGCUUGGUCAAGAGAAUGAAUUCAAGUUCACAGUCAGUGUUGGGGAUGUAGAGCUGGCUGAGAAGCCUGCGUCCUCUGAAGUUGGGCAACUGGGGACUGCAGGGAGCAACGCUGAGGCUUAUUGCUAGGGCAUUUGGCUAGAGAAGCCCUAGUUUGUAUGCUAGGCUUCAGGUGGUGUCCCUCUCUCCAGGUGUGUGUGGAGGCCAGAAUGAAGCUUAAAAAGCAGGUGACCGUGUGUGGGGCUGCUAUCUUCUGCGUGGCGGUCUUCUCCCUCUACCUCAUGCUGGACCGGGUGCAGCGUGAUCCCACCCGGCACCAGAAUGGCGGAAACUUCCCCCGGAGCCAAAUUUCUGUGCUGCAGAACCGCAUCGAGCAGCUGGAGCAGCUGUUGGAGGAGAACCAUGAGAUCAUCAGCCACAUCAAGGACUCUGUGCUGGAGCUCACGGCCAAUGCCGAGGGGCCCCCCGGCCUGCUGCCCUACUACACAGCCAACGGCUCCUGGGUGGUGCCGCCAGAGCCCCAGCCCAGCUUCUUCUCCGUCUCCCCUCAGGACUGCCAAUUUGCUUUGGGGGGCCAGGGCCAGAAGCCAGACCUCCAGAUGCUUGCCGUGUCAGAGCAGUUGCCCUAUGACAACAUGGACGGCGGUGUGUGGAAGCAGGGGUUCGACAUCUCCUACAGCCCCCAUGACUGGGAUGCGGAAGACCUGCAGGUGUUUGUGGCACCUCACUCUCACAACGACCCAGGCUGGAUCAAGACCUUUGACAAGUACUACACAGAGCAGACACAGCACAUCCUCAAUAGCAUGGUGUCGAAGCUGCAGGAAGAUCCCCGGCGGCGCUUCCUCUGGGCCGAGGUCUCCUUCUUUGCCAAGUGGUGGGACAACAUCAGUGCCCAGAAGAGAGCAGCAGUCCGAAGGCUUGUGGGAAAUGGGCAGCUGGAGAUCGCAACCGGAGGCUGGGUGAUGCCCGAUGAAGCCAACUCCCACUACUUUGCUUUGAUUGACCAGCUCAUUGAAGGCCACCAGUGGCUAGAGAGAAACCUUGGUGUGACCCCGCGCUCUGGCUGGGCAGUGGACCCCUUUGGAUACAGCUCCACCAUGCCUUACCUGUUGCGCCGUGCCAACCUGACCAGCAUGCUGAUCCAGAGGGUGCACUAUGCCAUCAAGAAGCACUUUGCUGCCACGCACAGCCUGGAGUUCAUGUGGAGGCAGACGUGGGACCCAGACUCCAGCACAGACAUCUUCUGCCACAUGAUGCCCUUCUACAGCUAUGAUGUCCCCCACACCUGUGGCCCGGACCCCAAGAUCUGCUGCCAGUUUGACUUCAAACGCUUGCCUGGCGGGCGCAUCAACUGCCCCUGGAAGGUGCCACCCCGGGCCAUCACAGAGGCCAAUGUGGCUGAGAGGGCAGCCCUGCUUCUGGACCAGUACCGGAAGAAGUCCAGGCUCUUCCGAAGCAACGUCCUCCUGGUGCCCCUGGGUGACGACUUCCGGUAUGACAAGCCCCAGGAGUGGGAUGCCCAGUUCUUAAACUACCAGCGGCUAUUCGACUUCCUCAACAGCAAGCCUGACCUCCACGUGCAGGCCCAGUUUGGCACCCUCUCGGACUAUUUUGACGCUCUCUACAAGCGGACUGGGGUGGAGCCUGGGGCUCGCCCACCUGGCUUCCCUGUGCUGAGUGGGGAUUUCUUCUCCUACGCGGACCGGGAGGAUCAUUACUGGACAGGCUAUUACACUUCUCGGCCUUUCUACAAGAGCUUGGACCGUGUCCUGGAAGCCCACCUGCGGGGGGCAGAGAUUCUGUACAGCCUGGCUGUGGCCCACACCCGCCGCUCUGGAACAGCUAGCCAGUACCCGCUCUCUGACUUCGCGCUCCUGCUGGAAGCUCGGCGUUCACUGGGCCUCUUCCAGCACCACGAUGCCAUCACUGGCACCGCCAAGGAGGCCGUCGUGGUGGACUACGGGGUCAGGCUCCUGCGAUCCUUGGUCAGCCUGAAGCAGGUCAUCAUCAACGCUGCUCACUAUCUGGUGCUGGGGGACAAGGAGACCUACCACUUUGACCCUGAGGCGCCCUUUCUCCAGAUGGAUGACACCCGCCUGAACCACGACGCCCUGCCUGAGCGCACCGUCAUCCAGCUGGGCACCUCACCCAGGUACGUGGUGCUAUUCAACCCGCUGGAGCAGGAGCGGCUCAGCAUCGUGUCCCUGCUGGUCAGCUCGCCCCGGGUGCGUGUGCUCUCUGAAGAUGGCCAGCCCCUGGCCGUGCAGGUCAGCGCCCACUGGAGCUCUGCCACGGACAUGGCCCCCGACAUCUACCAGGUGUCUGUGCCCGUGCGCCUGCCGGCCCUGGGCCUGAGCGUGCUGCAGCUUCAUCAGGGCCUUGACGGGCACCGCACGCUGCCCUCCUCUGUGCGCAUCUACCUGCACGGGCGGCAUCUGUCCGUCAGCCGGCACGAGGCCUUCCCUGUCCGAGUUGUUGACUCAGGCACCGCGGACUUUGCCCUCAGCAACCGCUACAUGCAGGUCUGGUUCUCAGGCCUCACUGGGCUCCUCAAGAGCAUUCGAAGGGUGGACGAGGAGCAGGAGCAGCGGGUGGACAUGGAGUUCCUCAUCUACGGCACCCGCACAUCCAAAGACAAAAGCGGCGCCUACCUCUUCCUGCCUGACAGCGACGCCAAGCCCUAUGUCCCCAAGGACCCCCCUGUGCUUCGUGUCACUGAAGGCCCCUUCUUCUCAGAGGUGAUUGCCUACUACGAGCACGUCCACCAGGUGGUCCGGCUGUACAACCUGCCAGGGGUGGAGGGACUCUCUCUGGACCUGUCAUCCCUGGUGGAUAUCCGGGACUAUGUCAACAAGGAGGUGGCCCUGCGCCUGCGCACCAACAUUGACAGCCAGGGCACCUUCUUCACGGACCUCAACGGCUUCCAGGUCCAGCCCCGACGGUAUCUGAAGAAGCUGCCUCUGCAGGCCAACUUCUACCCCAUGCCGGUCAUGGUCUACAUCCAGGACACACAGAACCGCCUCACUCUGCACACUGCCCAAGCCCUGGGUGUGUCCAGCCUCGGUGAUGGCCAGCUGGAAGUGAUCUUGGACCGGCGCUUGAUGCAGGACGACAACCGGGGUCUCGGCCAAGGACUCAAAGACAACAAGAGAACCUGCAACCGUUUCCGCCUCCUGUUAGAACGGCGAACGGCAGGCAAUGAGGUCCCAGAUGGCCGCUCUACCAGCUACCCGUCCCUUCUCAGCCACCUGACCUCCAUGUACCUGAACACCCCAGCACUUGCACUGCCCGUGGCCAAGGGGCAGCUCCCAGGCCCUGGUCUGCGCUCAUUCCACCCUCUGGCCUCCUCCCUACCCUGCGACUUCCACCUGCUCAACCUGCGGACGCUUCAGGCUGAGGACGACGCCUUGCCAUCGGCAGAGACUGCUCUUCUCUUGCACCGGAAGGGCUUUGACUGUGGCCUUGAGGCCAAGAACUUGGGCUUCAAUUGCACCACAAGCCAAGGCAAGGUGGCGCUGGGGAGCCUUUUCUCUGGCCUGGACGUGGGUUUCCUGCAGCCAACCUCCUUGACAUUACUGUUCCCUCUGGCUGCACCCUCCAAUAGCACCGACGUCUACCUGGAGCCCAUGGAGAUCGCCACCUUUCGCCUGCGCCUAGGCUAGGGCUGCUCCUGGCCGGAGGGAAAGUUCACCCUCGUGACAAUGGGUACCUGUCUGGAUCUGCCUCUCAGAACCGGGACAGACAGGGCUCUGCCCUCACUUCCUGUUUCUUGUUGCUUCUGUGGGGGCGGGGAGCCCAGUGUGGGGUAGGCAGGGCACAUGCCAGUGAGGAGAGGAGAGGAAGCCAUGGGUCAGAGUGGCGAUGCCACACCCGGCUUUGGACACAAGGCCCAAGCUGCUGUCCUUUUCCCAAGGCGGGAGAAAGGAGAAGCAGGGACCCAAGAGGUGAGGGAGGCUGAGUGGGUGUCAGCCCAGCACCAGGGUCACUGCAGGGAGUCCUGUGGUCGUGUUGAGACCACUUAUUCAGGUGGAUGAGCCGGGAAGAGGGUGUGGGGCCCCCGAGUAUACAGCCCAUGUGGAGGCAUAGCAGGAAUCCCCAUUUCUCCCGAGAGAAGGCCCUGUGGCUUUCUGUGAAGGCUCCACUCGCCUGCUCGCCGGGCUGCAGCAUGUCAGGAAGCACUGGGUCAGGACUGGAGCCUGUGCCAGGGCCGAGGAUCAGGCCCCAGAGCCCCAGCUCAUAUGGGCACUGACUGGUCUCUGUGCUGAUUUUUGUGGGGUGGUGGCAGGCGUGGGGAGUCCUCCACCCUUCCGGACUCCAGCUUUGGUUCCAGUGCUCUGUACACCAUUGUCCCCAAGUGCCCCUUCCUGCCCUGGGGGCUCUGGUCUAACAAACUUCCUUUCUUUGGAAAGAAAGUGGAUCCUCGAAGUCCCCAUGUACUCGGACACUUGGGGCCCCUCGGGCAGCGUCUCCGCAGUCAGGCCUGGAAGCUUUGUCCCCAGGAGGUCCUUCCCAGCAGCGUCCAGUUACUGGCACGGGUUACGGGCCGUGGUCAAUGAGGAAGCAGUACAGCUGGCUGCUCUCCACUCCAGUCAGUAGAGAAGAAUUUAGGGUAGUCUCUACUUGCUGAAAAACAGCGUGGUAAAUAUUUAAAUCUACCCUGUUUUAAAACUCCUAGGAAGUGAAGGCUAGAAUGAAGUAUCUUAGAUCAGUAAGGUCCGUCAGAAACCCACAGUCUGGGGCACCCUCGCGCCACACUCGACAGGCAUUCCCUCGGAAGCCAGGCCCCAGCCUGCGGGCACUGCCGCCUUGUAGCAUGGCAGAAGAGGGCGGGGAGGGGUGGCCGUUGCCAUUCUUUGAAGAAGCUCGAAGUGCCUACCUUUAAAACUAAGAGCAGCAACUGGAGACUGUUCGGAACAGUGGGUAAGUUGACCCAACUGAAAUACACAGCCUGGGAACCAAGAAGGAGAAAUAUAUAGCCUGCUCCUCCCCCAGUCCACCCACCAAUCCCUGUCAUUCCCCUGAGAAUGGACGCUUUCUAGAAUUGUCAAGGUCCUGAAAUUUACUUGGAAGCGUAAAUGUGUGGGACUACUAAGAGAACUUCACACCGUUGACUACUGAUUGGGGUGGGACAGUGAGCCUCACCCUGCGGGGUUUCAGAAGGACUGAAGCUGCUGUGGGUGAAAUCUGAGUGGGAAGGGAGUGGCCUCGGACCGACCGAGCAAAGGAACCAAACAGACCCACACAGAGGAGGACUGGUUUCUGGUGGAAGGGGUAUUCAAGUGGGGCAAAGAUGGACUCUUUAAUAAAUAGUAUUUUGAGA